AACGAUAGGAAACCCUGCCCCUCUCGGCGUCCAUUUUGGGUAAAGCAGGAAGUUGUCUCGUGAAGGAAACCUCAUGACAAACCGAAGCUGAGCUUAUUAAAUAUCCACAGACACGCUCGCCGAUAUUAGUUUUUUUCUCGGAUGGUUAUUCGUUGCAUGUUGUGCUCGUCUGUAGGCGGAUCGGACCGUUUGUUUCGCGGCUGUGUUUAUCGUCAAACUUCGCACGCGCGUCGAAGAGGUCGCGACGGUAACCGGAGUGCUAAAUAAAACCAGGUCAGAAUGGCGGAUGACUUCGACGUUGAGGCCAUGCUGGAAGCUCCUUAUAAGAAGACUUGCCUAAUGAUAUCUCACCUCUACUCCCCUGAAUACAUCUUUGAUUCCAGUGUGAACUGUGAAAAAAAGACAAGCUGUGAGACAGAGAUGGCAUCGAGCUCUCACAGUCCAACAGCGCAAACUGGGGAAGAUCACACGGACUGACAGCCUCCACUCUGGAAUGCCCUUUAGCAGCUCUAUAGCAUGACAACAACAAGACUUAGGCUAAAAAUAGCAGGGGUGAAAGCAAGUCCGCUAGCUCCAAUGGUCAAAAUGAGGAACGCAGCAAAAAGAAAAGACGCAGCGGCAGUCGUAGUCCGAGCCCAGGACGGCGGAGGAGUAGAAGCGGGGGCCGCAAAAAGAGCCGGGAGCAGCGCAAGAGCCGCAGCCGCGAGAGGAAACGUUCACGGAGCAGAGAACGCAAGCGCUCGCGAUCCCGCAGCAAGGAGCGUGGAGGACGUUAUCGUGGGCGCAAAAGCCCCUUUAUGGGGCCGAAAUUAAAUGGUGGUCCCGGAGCGAAGACCGGCCCACAGCAUUUCGCCAAACACAGUCGCAGGCGCUCUCGGAGCAGAAGCCCGUUUAAGAAGGACAAAAGCCCUGUCAGGCAACCGAUAGAUAAUCUGAGCCCAGAGGAGAGAGACGCCCGCACAGUGUUCUGCAUGCAGCUCGCUGCCAGAAUUAGACCCAGAGAUCUGGAAGAUUUCUUCUCUGCAGUGGGAAAAGUCCGUGACGUAAGGAUGAUCUCGGAUAGAAACUCUCGCCGGUCGAAGGGCAUCGCCUACAUUGAGUUUGUGGAGGCGACUUCGGUACCGCUGGCCAUCGGCCUGACGGGGCAGAGGGUUCUGGGAGUGCCUAUCAUAGUCCAGGCUUCACAGGCAGAGAAGAACAGGGCAGCAGCCAUGGCCAGCAUGCUCCAGAGAGGCGGCGCAGGACCAAUGCGGCUGUACGUGGGCUCCCUGCACUUCAAUAUAACUGAAGACAUGCUCAGGGGCAUUUUUGAGCCCUUUGGAAAGAUUGAGGGCAUCCAGCUAAUGAUGGACAGUGAGACUGGCAGGUCGAAAGGAUACGGCUUCAUAUCAUUUGCAGAUGCAGAAUGUGCUAAAAAAGCCCUGGAGCAGCUGAAUGGUUUCGAGCUUGCGGGACGGCCGAUGAAGGUGGGUCAUGUUACCGAGCGUUCGGAUGCCUCGUCUGCAAGCUCCUUCUUGGACAGUGAUGAACUGGAGAGAACUGGCAUUGACUUGGGCACAACGGGGCGACUUCAGCUGAUGGCAAGACUCGCAGAAGGUACAGGACUACAGAUUCCUGCUGCUGCUAAGCAGGCCUUACAGAUGAGCGGCUCUGUAGCAUUUGGAAAUCUGGCGAAUGCCUCUACCACACAACCUGUUGUUCCCAGUCCCGGGAUGAACCAAGCUCUGAACCUUCCAAACCAGCCGCUGGCUACGCACUGUUUGCAGCUCUCCAACAUGUUCAGUCCACAGAUGGAAAAUGAACCUGGCUGGGACCUGGAGAUAAAAGAUGAUGUCAUCGAGGAGUGCAGAAAACACGGAGGCAUUAUUCACAUAUAUGUCGACAAAAACUCUGCUCAAGGAAAUGUUUAUGUAAAGUGUCCAACCAUCCCAGUAGCAAUGGCUGUUGUCAGUGCCCUUCACGGCCGGUGGUUUGCAGGUAAAAUGAUCACAGCUGCCUACGUGCCUCUCCCUACGUACCAUAACCUGUUUCCAGAUGCUGCCACAGCCACAGAGCCCCUGAGGCCCAUGCACCGGUGAUCCACGGAGUGGCCCCUGCUGACCCCGCUUCAUCUGGAUCCCUACGCUUAUCCCACAACCCCCUUCCCAAAUGAACAGAGGCAGUCCUGUCAUGGAGGGCCACCUAUUGUAUGAAGUUAGAUUUCACAGUUGGACUGUAUUGUAUUUUAGCAGGGGUGUUCUUCUGCAAUUAGAGUCACCCACUCAGCGUUUCGCAAGCUUCAGACCAGCUCUAAGCUUUAUGUACAGUGGUCUAUUGGUAAGUGAAAACCUGUAACACCAUCGCCCUCUCUAGAUGAGCUCUUGACUCCCGAAAACCGGUUUUGAAGGAGAUUCUGGUGUUUUUUGAAAGGUAUUUGAGCGUCUUUCUGUUUGUUUGGGUUUCUUCAGCUGUUUGGUCUUCAAGUUAAAAUUUUCAUUGGUCUUCAUCUUUCCAUGACGGACAUUGUGUUGUGAACUGCUGGUUCAUUAUCCUUUGUUUCUUCAUUUUUAAGCAACAAAAGGCAACCAAAAAAGAGUUUUUUUUUUUUUUUUUUUUUUUUUGUUUUGUUUUUUUUUUUGUUUUGUUUUUUUCUGGAGAGUCUACUUGAGCUAUUUAGCUUUCUAAAACAUCUUUGAAUUUAUAACUUUUCAUAAUCAAGGAUUGAUUUUUCUAAAAUCUUCUACUGAUUAAAUGACUUUCACAACACUGUGUAAAA